UAUCUACGGCCGGACCGGCGAAUUUUCCGGAUGCUUUCAGGGUACCGCGGAAUGAGGCGCGGAUGCCGUUGUGAAUACCCGCAUUGUUACUACAUACAUAAACGUCAACACUUCAAAGAACUACGCUAGAGCUACCUGAAUGCAUGCUGCGGCUAUUUUAAAAUUAAAAUUUGAAAUAGAAUGAAGAUAACGUUCCUCACGUUGAUAAUGUCCUGCGAUUCGGUGGAAGAAAGCGGUAAGGAGAUAGUGAAAAAUUGCUACAAUUUGCAUCACAAAGCGAAGUUCGAUCUGAUAAAGGAACGGUUUUUGCUGAUGGUAAAGUACGCUAAGCGAUGGCGACCUGUUUAUUCCGCCGCUGGGAUAUGUGAUAUGAACAAGGAUUUCAUGAUAACGGUGCUCUCCACCAUUACGACUUAUUGUGUUGUCAUUAUUCAGUUUAAUAACGUUACGCAAACCAAACGAGGAUAAAUAUGGAGUGACGGGAUUGAACGACGAAAUUUGUAACUGUCAGUUUUAAUUUUGCACUACAUCGUCCCAAAAAUGAAUAGAUACGCGGUAAAAAAGCACUGUAUGUUUAGCUGUAAUCCAAUAAUAUUAUGCAAAUAAAUACUUAUACC